AUGUCGAUUCAACACACACUGUACAGGCCAUUGAAGGAGGGAGCGAGUUUGGCGAUCCUUGGAGGCGGAAUUGGCGGACUUCUAUCCGCGGCAUUCCUCGCCAGAGCGCGCCCAGACAUCAAAAUCACACUGUACGAGUCAAAGGCGCAAUGUGGAGGAUGGAUCAAGAGCAAGUUGCUUGAAUGCCACGAUGGCGGCUCGGAGAUGAUCGAAAAGGGACCCCGAACGCUCAGAAUGCACCCCGGCACACUCAUUUUACUCCAGGCCAUUUCUCAUGUGGACCCAAAGUUCUCCAUCUACGGACUACCUACCGACAGUCCAGCCAACACCAAGUGGAUCCUCAACAAGGACCAACUCAUGUCGCUGAGCGUGUUCAAGAGCCCCGCAAAUCUGAUGCGGUUCCUGUCGUCGUCUGUCUUUCGAGCCAUGGCUAUGGGCGCCUUCAACUUCCUCGUAUAUCCAUGGACCCGGAAACGAGACCCUAAUGUCCAAGACGAAAGCGUGGCUGAUUUCAUCGGAAGACGAGCCUCGCCUGCUCUGGGCGAUAGAAUGGGCUCAGCGAUUCUACACGGAAUCUACGCUGGAGACCACAAGACUCUGAGUGCUCGAAUGACUCUGCGACCAUUCUACGGACCUGAUAGACUGCUGAAACCGGCCAAAUUGUUCACCAACGAGGAGUUUGAGAAACUGUACAAGAAGCUGUUUCCCGAGGCGUCCACGUCGCUGUUUGAUCUCAAGAAGUUCCCGGCCAUGUUUGCCUUUCCCCAGGGUCUGUCUGGAAUGAUUGAUGUACUCCAUAAGCAUCUGGAAAAAAGUCCCAAUGUGGAGAUUAAAUGUAACACGGAGAUUACCAGAGUUGAAACCACCAUUGGAGGCAUGCUUGUGUCUGAUUCUACCGGUGUUUCUACCACUCACAAUGCCGUCUACUCUCUGUUGAGUUACCAGGCUGUGUCCAAAUUGCUUCCUGACACUGCCGACCGAGCUCUCAUCAAGGACAUGUCUUCUGUCGACGUCAUGGUGCUCAACUUCUCAUUCGAGAAACCCAAGGACCCCAAGUACACCGGCUUUGGAUACCUCAUUCCCCAGGCCGAAGAAAACCCCGAGCAGGUUCUGGGCGUUAUUUUCGACUCUGAUGUCGGUCGAGGCAGUGAGCUCAUCUCUGGUGAGCCCUACAAGUCGCCUUCGGGCCGAGAAAAUGUCACAGUCAUGAUGGGAGGUCAUUACUGGAAGGAUGGUAAUAUUCCGUCUUCCGAGGAGUGUGUGGAGAGAGCAAAGAAGGUGCUCAAACGACACAUUGGCCUGGAGGUGACUGAUACCACCGAGUACGAUGUGGAGCUGCACAAGAGCUGCAUUCCUCAGUACGCCGUUGGUCAUCUGGAGCGUGUGGACCAGUUUAAGCACAUUGUCAGCAAGGAGACUCAUCAUCGAGUGGCUCUGGCAGGCAUGUCGUUCGGUCGAGGAGUGGGUAUCUCUGAUGCCGCUGUUGACGCCUUUUUGUUUGUGGCUAGUCAGAGUCAUGAUCCGGAGACGUUGAAAUUGACGAGAAAGAUUGUGGAUCAUUAUGAGACCACCGUACGACUUUAG